AUGUUAUAUGCUUCAACCGUUCCAAUAAAUUACAAUGUAAAGACGAAAAAAAUGUACCAGUGGAUUGGUAAAUAUUUAUACAGUCAAAUUUUUUAUCAAUUAAGAUUUAUACAAUCUAAAAAAUACCGUUUUUAUUUUACUUUCAGCAUAGUUAUUUAUGUAUAAAUAAAGUCAUUUGAGUGAUAAUGAGGAAUCAUUUUUGUGAUGUAAAAAUAAUGAUACAAAAAUAAUAAAUAUAAUAAUGAUAUAAAAACUAAUUUAAUUGUAAAUUUAAAAUGGUACUAUAUUUUAGGUAUGUGCUUUAUAAGUUACCAAAAGUUCAAACAAGCAGUAAUCCUUUAAUUAAAGAAGGUCUUGCUUAUUUAUAUAUAACAAAUAUAACCAUUGGAACUGGUUGGCAAUUGUCUUCUAAAUCUAUCAGUUCAAACAAUUCCAUCCCUGGAAUUACAUUAGCGUCUCUUUACGAUCGUGAUAAUAAAAAUGAAAGUAUGUGGAGCUUAUAUAACGAUAGUCCACCAAAUGCAUCUUAUGUUUGGAACUUUGGUCAUACAAAGGGUAUAGUGAUGGCAAAUAGUGAACAAGGAUUUUGGUUAAUUCACAGCGUUCCAAAUUUUCCUCCAGUUCCCAAAAGUGGUAUGCAGACUCGACCAUUAAAUAAGGAUAAUAUAGCUAUCGACGGCAAAUACAAUUAUCCAGAAAGUGGAACGUUUUAUGGUCAAAGUUUUCUAUGUAUUUCCCUCGGUAGUGAUCAAUUUGAUAUUGUUGGAAAACAAUUAUUAUACAACGAAAUAGCAGUGUAUGCAAAAAAUAUUCCUGAUAUACUUGGUAAACAAUAUCCGGUCCUGAAGAAUGCGACUAAUCAAAAACGUGUCAAAAUGCCUCCCUAUAACCACAAAGCCGUAAUAAGAUCCUUAGGAAUGAUUGAAUUCACUUCGUUUGCUAAGAAUGGAAAAUGGGGAAAAGGAUUUACAAUAUCAAAAGCCUUAAAUUUGAUGUUGCGAAUGUAGAUUGUACUAACAGUCAUGAUCAUUCCAAAUGGGCUAUUACAGACACCAAGAAGUCCGUUAAUCACUGGGUUUGCAUUGGUGAUAUUAAUAGAGCCGAUACACAGUAUUCUCGAGGUGGUGGAACCGUAUGUUUUAAAGAAGAUCGAUUAUGGAAUGAUUAUCGUAAUAUUAUAAAUGAUGUAGAGCCUUGCCAUUAUUUUAGAUUUUAGUGAAAUGUAAUUUGCUUUCAUUUAUGUUUUCAUUUAGCAAAAUGUAAUUUUCAUUUCUUUUCUUUAUAGUAAAAAUUACCUAAUGAAAUUUUAAUAUGUAAAAAAUAUAUUAAUAAAAGUUAUAUAAUGA